AUGGAGAAAGCGAAGCGCGCCGUAGCCGAGUUCAUCUCCAGGGACGGGAAGCACACCACCAUCGUCGACCAGGAUGUUAGGAAGGCUGUGACCGAGGAGCAUAUCCGCCCUCACCAGCACGAGGAGAUCACCACCGCCAUCGACAAGGAGGUGCACCAACACCAUCACCACACCACCGUCCAGCCCCUCGAGGCCAAGGCUAGGCUCGCCGAGGAGCACACGUAUAAUACCAUGCCCGUCGAGCACCGAACCUUUGAGCACGGCAACGAGGGCGAGCUCCGCGCCGCCCUCGACCGCGACGCCGCCCGCUUCAAGGACCACGUCGUGACCCACGAGGCCACCCACUCCACCUCCACCGCCCCCACCGUCACGGGCGAGCGGGUCCACCACCACGUCCACGAGCACAUCCAGCCCGUCGUGCAAAAGGAGACCAUCGCGCCCCAGGUCAUCCACACCACCGUGCCCAUCCACGAGACUCACCACGCCGCGCCCGUCUUCCACGAGACCACCACCCUCCCGGCCAAGACCCUCGAGGAGUUCACCAGCCAGACCGGCGCGACUUUGACCGCCAGGAGCGCCGCCAAGAUCAAGGAGUUUGAGGGCUGCCCCAAGUACGAGACCACCGGCCUGCACUCCGGCGUGGACGGCAUCGGCGCCAGCACCAGCGCCACCGGCACCAGCAAGGAGAUUGGAAGCCAGCGCAAGGCCGAGAGGGCUAACGAGAGGCUCGCCGAGAAGCGUCUGAGCCGAUAA